CUUUUUACUCAAAACGCCACGUUUCACUCUCGGUUUUCCAAUCCCACCACACCACUUUCUCCUUUCACACACACCCUCUCUCUCUCUCUCUCUCUCAUGUCGACCUGCGAAUCCGGAGGAGAUCGGUACCCGCUCUCCUCCCACUCGUUGGACCCGAACCCGUCGGAACCCGACCACCAGCUCCCGCCGGACCCUCUCUUGGACCCCGGCGCAUUCAUCGACUGCGACCUUGACUCCACGGGUCCAACCCUAACCACCACCGGAUUCAAAGAAGCUCCAAACGGCCUCUCGGACCAUCACCAACACGGAGCUCGAGAACCGGUCGGAGAUGAACCGGAGCUGCUUUCCCGACCCGCCACCGAUGCCUCUAAUUGUACGGAGACGUCGGCGACUGACUCUACGCCGCCGCGGGGGCGGAGGGGAGCGCCGCCGCAGGCUGUGCCCGUUGAAUUGUUGCCAGAGAGACCGAAGUGGUUGCCGGAGAGUUGGGUGAUGGACUGCCGGAUCAGGACUUCCGGUGCCUCCGCUGGAUCCAUUGAUAGGAAGAGACCAGAAUGGCUGCCUUGGGGUUGGUGGAUUGACUAUAGGGCUCGGUCCUCCGGUGCCUCUGCUGGAUUGGUUGAUAAGUAUUAUUUUGAUCCAGUCUCAGGCCGUCGAUUCAGGUCAAAAAAAGAGGUGGAUUACUUUCUCGAAACGGGAAGUACGCGAAAGAGGAAACGAGAUCCUGAUACUAAUUCUUUGGAGAACUCUGGGGGCCGUAAGAGUUCCGCUCCUUUAAACUUUGAAUUUAAUGAUGUGCCGGAGAAUGUCCGUUGGGUACUCACAAAUGCUUCUAGGGAUCAAUGGACGCCAUUUGUCGGUGACAAAAUGGUACCUAAGUUGAUGUUUUUAGCAAUGGCAAAGGUGCCGGGGUCAGAUUUGUGGUAUCCCGUUCUUAUUUUGGUUUUGUCCGAUGAGAAUGUAGCAAGGAAAAUUAAGGAGAUAGCGAAGGCUGAAUGA